GGUUUGUGGAGAAGCAUAACAAGGAGGCUGCGGGGGGAAGCGGCGGGUGGGAGAUGGUGGGGCCCGGUGAGCGAAAUCCGAGAACGAGGAAGAAUACGAAUAAUAGUGAUAAGAGACGAGCGAGCCCCAUGGCCACCGAUGGUCAUCAUGACAACGAGAGUGAGGCCACCGGAGAUGAAGAUUAUGACGAGAUCAAUGGUGGAGCUGAGCAACGACAGAGAGAGCACCCGUUCAUAGUAACCGAGCCCG